AUGGCCGUCGAAGAAGAAUCCCAAGAACGACGGUACCGAUGGGACACUCACGCCAAUACCUUUACCAAGAUGGAAAUCCCUCCCUGGGCAAACAGCCGCGGUGUUCUAAUUCGACCGUGGCGAUCACAGCAACGAUUGAUCAACGAAUUCCUGACGUUAGACUUUAUUUCUUCGAAUACAACCAUUCCUGUUCCCAAGCCACUUCGACUGGAAUUCCUUGAUGGCCAUCUCUCCUUGACUACCGAACUGAUCGACGGCGUCAUCUUCGACGACCUUCCGCCUCACCUCCAAUCGACUUCGUAUCUUGACGAGUAUGUUCGAACUGAAGUGCUUCCUCAACUACGAGCACUCAGGUCGAAUUCUCUGGGCACGACGAAUGGCCUUGUCAUUCCGCCACGUCGAGUCUUUGACCCAAACCCUAAGGACUGGCAGUCCCGAACCUCUGCGGUGGACGAAUACACCUUGAUUCACGGUGACUUGGCGCAGCAUAAUUUCAUGUGCGACCGCGAUACAGGCGAAGUGAAGGCAAUCAUUGAUUGGGAGUAUGCUGGGUUUUACCCCGACUACUUCGAAGCCUGCUAUUGGCAUCACCCCUACUACGAGAAAGAGGACGACCCUGCUGAAGUCGAAAAACUGCGUAACUUCCUGGACCAGUGCCUCUGUACCGACUCGGAACAGAAAUGCUUGCUCCCCACGGAUUCUCAGGUCGCUUCUCUCCCCACCGAUCCAUCGGCACCGGCUCUCUUGUGA